AUGAACGCAGAACAUGAGGUACUUCUGUACCACACGGAAGUGCGCUGGCUGUCACGAGGGCAGGUUUUGAAACGAAUUUUCAUGUUGAAGACAGAAGUAUCACUUUUUUUAGAAGAAAAAGAUAACUCACUCUUCGAAUAUUUCAAGAAAAAAGAUUUUAUAUGGAAAUUGGCUUACCUGGCAGACAUUUUUAACCACAUGAACGAUAUAUGUCUUUCAAUUCAAGGGCCUGAUACAACAAUUAUGGAUGCCACUGAGAAACUACAGGCAUUUUUAUUGAAAAUGUCAGUUUGGAAAAUUAGAAUUCAAAAUGGGAUGUAUGCAACCUUUCAAAUGUUGGACGAAGUGCUUUUUGAAAAUGGAUCUCAGCAAGAUAAUGAGUUGUGGAUUCGUAAUCCUUUUCUUUGUGAUAUUGACUGUAUCGAUGACAUGAACCUUGCCAAAGAUGAGAUAAUUGAUUUGAAAGCAAAUUCCUUGUUAAAAAUGGAUUUCGAUUCAAAAACUCUUGGAGAGUUUUGGUCUUCUUUAAGAGAAGCCUACCCAUUGCUUGCAAAGCGAGCUAUGGCAGCCAUUAUUCCGUUUGCUACAGUAUAUCCUUGCGAAGCAGGAUUUUCCACACUUGUCACAAUAAAAACAAAACAUCGAAAUCGACUGAAAGUCGAACAUGAUAUGCGCGUUGCUUUGUCGAAAACCAUCCCUCAAUUCAAUCUGUUAAUCAAGGAAAAGCAGCAACAGCCUUCACAUUAA